CGGGGCUUGUUUUGUGCGUUGCAGCUAAGGCGUGCUGUAUGAAACGCGGGAACAGCGGUACGGAUAAUAAGUUGUGACAUGGUUUUCAGGCGCCAGUAAUUUUAAGAUCAAAUAAUUGAUUUUAAUUAUUUUGAUUGCCGUUUGGAUACUAAAAGUACUCUUUCUAUACAGCCGUUGUUUUAAAAAGAUUUAGAGUGGCAGUUUUCCCCGGAAAAGGGGCAAUUUGACAUGGAGUCUUUUCAGAAAGUCGAGAAGAUUGGAGAGGGAACAUACGGGGUUGUUUAUAAAGCCAAGAAUAAAGUCACCGGAGAAACAGUUGCCCUAAAGAAAAUUCGAUUAGACACAGAGACUGAAGGUGUUCCCAGCACUGCCAUACGUGAGAUCUCUCUGCUAAAAGAGCUCAAUCACCCAAACAUAGUCAAGUUGCAUGAUGUGAUACACACAGAAAAUAAGCUUUACUUGGUGUUUGAAUUUCUUCACCAAGACCUGAAGAGAUUUAUGGACUCGUCCACCGUCACUGGCAUAUCCUUGCCACUCGUGAAGAGUUACCUGUUCCAGUUGCUCCAGGGACUGGCCUUCUGUCACUCUCACCGUGUUCUUCACAGGGACCUUAAACCCCAGAAUCUCCUGAUCAACGCUCAGGGUGAGAUCAAACUGGCUGACUUUGGUCUGGCCAGAGCGUUUGGUGUACCUGUGCGGACUUACACACAUGAGGUUGUAACUUUGUGGUACCGAGCUCCAGAGAUUCUCCUGGGAUGUAAAUAUUAUUCUACAGCUGUUGACAUCUGGAGUUUGGGCUGUAUCUUUGCAGAAAUGAUCACUCGGAAGGCUUUGUUUCCUGGAGACUCUGAAAUAGACCAGCUCUUUCGGAUAUUUCGGACACUUGGCACUCCGGAUGAAUCUAUAUGGCCUGGAGUCACCUCAAUGCCAGACUACAAACCCUCCUUUCCCAAGUGGGCACGACAGGACCUGUCUAAAGUGGUGCCUCCCCUGGAUGAAGAUGGCAGAGACCUUCUAGGGCAAAUGUUGAUUUAUGAUCCUAAUAAGAGGAUCUCAGCAAAGAACGCCCUUGUUCAUCGGUUCUUCCGUGAUGUCACCAUGCCAGUGCCCCCCUUACGUCUCUGAAGUCAUCCGUGAUGGUACUUCACAGCACUGGAGUUUUGGGUCCACUUUCUGAGAGUUAUUCCUCAUUUGUUUGGAAAUUGAUCAGUUUUAUACUAUGACUUUUUUUCAUUAUUCUAAGAUGAUAUUGUUUCUAAUUAAUGAUUUUUAACCAAAUUUUUGAUGGAUUCAUAAAGUAGUUGUCUCUGCAACUUAAUAAACUUGUUACAUUUUGUUUACAUUGUGUAACAUUGUUUCCA